GACAUCUCCCCAUCAACUUCUCAAUUUCCAGGUGAUCUGUUGAUGGAAUGUCUUCUGGAGGCCGAUCCAGCUCCGACGAUCUCAUGGCAACAUGCUGGCAACGUUAUUACCUCAUCAGCACGAGUUUUGCAAGUGCUAAGUCCACUAGAGGGUAUUCUGUAUAAAGCAAAUCUUAUAAUCAAGGAACCGAACGUCGGAGAUGGCGGAGCGUACAAGUGCACAGCUAGAAAUCAGUUGGGCGAGUCGAACGCAAACAUCAACCUCAACUUCGCCGGUGGGGGUGCCGACGAGAACAAACCGAAAGGGCCGUCGUUCAUCGGGAAGCCGCGGAUAAUCCCGAAAGACGGCGGAGCUCUCAUUGUGAUGGAAUGCAAAGUGAAAAGUCCGACCCCGCCAGUUGCAAAGUGGAUGAAGGACGGCGUGCCACUGCAAAUGGGUGGACUUUAUCACGCCAUUUUCACUGAUCUCGGUGAACAAACUUAUUUAUGUCAACUGGAAAUCAGAGGUCCGUCCAUUUCUGAUGCCGGCCAGUAUCGCUGUAACCUCCGUAACGACCAAGGUGAGACGAACGCGAAUCUAGCGUUGAAUUUUGAGGAGCCAGAACCUGAACAACGACUGGAGAAAAAGCGGAAAGAUACGUCAUCGCCACGGUCACUUUCUCGUGAUGCCGGUUCUCGCCCAGAAAGCCCCAAAAAGGCGAUGAAAUCACGAGAAGGAACACCAAGGAGAAGCAUCAAAGGCAAAGAAGGAUCGCCUGCAAAGAAGUCGAUGAGGGGUAUGAAUGACAAACUAUUUGCAUCUGUUUCAGCUACAACAAAGAGGAAACCGGAAGGUUUACCCGUGCCACCGGUGUCCUCUGAGGAAAAGAAGCCGCGCACAUCGUCUCCAGCUCCUUCAAUAGAACGGACUGGAAAGAGCGAUCGCGACAAAUUUACUCGGCCACCAAUCGUCUUGAAUGCUAGUCGGUCCCAGACUGGUAAGCAAGGCGAUACGGUAGUGUUGGAAGUGGAAUGGCAAUGCCACACAUCAACUGUUAUUGAAUGGCACAACACCUUAUUCGUUAGAAAUGGCGACUUCCAAUCAACAUUCGACGGAGUUAAAGCACUACUGACUGUGCGCAACUUGACGGAGGAGAAAACUGGUCUCUAUAAGUGCCACGCUGUUUGUAAGUACGGAGAAGGCCAAAGCAGUGCGAUGAUCAAGAUGGAACAGACUGGUGAGUCCGAUCUCUUCACCCCACUCUCUCCUUUAUUUUCCUCUUCUCCAUUGCUUAACUUAAAUAUUCUAGACGAAGAAUAUCCGAGAAAAAGUAGCGCCGAAGAUCAGCCGCGGCCGAAACAAGCUGAGAAGGUGUCAUCGUCUGAAUUUCAGGACUCCCAAGCGGAUGGCAUCCCUUCGUCAGGACUUACUAUCCCCGAGGAUCGACGACGACAACUACUGGGCGAGCCGAGUGACGAUGAAGUUUCCGAGUCGAUCUCAGAACUGCCAUCAUUCGCUGGACCUCGCGGCCGAAGAAAGCUACCUGAGGAAAAGCCGAAAAGGGUUUCCGACACGUGCACGACACGCUCCACGUCCAAUGAAGGUGAUGCCUUUCAGCGACGUAGCAGUAUCGACAUGCGCCGUGAGUCUGUUCAGGAGAUCAUCGAGAAGGUUUCCACUCCUCUGGUCCCGAAGGGGAAGAAGGGUGCUCCGCCGAGGAUCACCGAAGUACCGGAGAACGUGACUGUCGUCGAAAAUGAGACGGCGGUGCUGCAGUGCAAGGUGGAGGGCGACCCGGUGCCGACGGUGCGCUGGUCGAAGGGCAACCGCGAGAUCCUGCACGGCGGCCGCUUCCGGCACAUGACCGACGCCCAGACCAACACCGUCUCAUUGGCGCUGCUCAAGUGCCGAUCUCAGGAUGACGGCCCGUAUACAUUGACGAUUGAGAAUCCACAUGGUUCGGACACCAUUGACAUCAAACUGUUGGUCACAUCAGACAAUGGUUUGGACUUUCGUGCAAUGCUCAAGCACAGGGAAUACGAACCUGCCGGUCUAAAACCGGAAGAAGAGAAACCACCGAUGACUGAAGCUGAGCGCAGACAAUCGCUAUUUCCCGGGAAGAAAGUCGAAAAAUGGGAGCAGCCUCUUUCAGAUAAAACGGUUCAGCAGCAGGUUGACAAAUUUGCUGAGUGGAAAUGUGUAUAUUCUCGCCCAAACGCUAAAAUCCGAUGGUACAAAGACCGAAAAGAAAUUUUCUCUGGAGGUUUGAAGUACAAGAUCGUAAUCGAGAAGUCUGUCUGUACUUUGAUAAUCAACAACCCAGAAGUAGACGACUCCGGAAAGUAUACUUGCGAAGCGAAUGGUGUACCUACGAGCGCCAUUUUAACCGUUUUGGAACCGCCGAUGAAAUAUUCGUUUCUGAAUCCUCUGCCGAAUACGCAAGAGAUCUAUCGAACAAAACAAGCUGUGCUCACAUGUAAGGUGAACUCACCACGAGCGCCUCUGGUCUGGUGGAGAGGCAAUCAACCGAUUGAUGUAAACGACAAAAGAUAUACCAUAGAAAAAGACGCCGUAGGUCGAUGUACUUUGACAAUCAAGGUAGUUGAAGAAGCCGACCAAGCCGAAUGGACUGCAAGAAUCACAAACGAAGUAUACAGCAAGGUGCAAGUCUAUGUGGAAGAACCCCGUCAUACGUUCGUUGUUCCUAUGAAAUCCCAAAAGGUUAACGAGCACGAGGAAGCCACGCUGGAGACGGACGUGAACGAUCGAGAAGCUGAAGUCGAAUGGUGGCACGACGGAGUCAAAAUCCACGUUGAUGGCGUAAAGUACAAAGAAGAGAUUUCAAACCGGAAACGACGUCUCACUAUUGUUUCGGCCAGAAUCGAAGAUCACGGAGAAUACAAAUGCACGACAAAGGACGACAAGACGAUGGCACAGCUCAUCGUUGACCCGCUGAACAAGUUUAUCAUUGAAUUGAAAGACUUGGAGGUCGUAGAGAAAGAUGACAUCGUGAUGACAUGCCAGACAAAGGACAACAAGACACCUGGAAUUUGGACUCGGAACGGCGUCAGGAUCACCAGCAUGCCAGGUGGAAAGUUUGAAACCCAGUCGAGGAACGGCACACACACACUGAAGAUCAGCAAGAUCGAGCUGAACGAGGGCGAGAAUUACGAGAUUGACGUCGGAGGCCUGAUCGGAAGCUGUUUCGUGACAGUGCUCGAGGCCGAGAAGCGCCCAAUCUUUAACUGGAAGCCGAAGAAAAUCGAGGCCAAGGCCGGCGAACCGUGCGUCGUCAAGAUUCCAUUCCAAAUCAAAGGCACGCGACGUGGAGAUCCUAAGCCAACGAUCUUGCGGAAUGGGAAACCGAUUAGUGAGGAGAUGAAGAAAUUAGUUGACGUGGUGGUCAACGGUGACGUCGUCGAGAUUAAGUUCAAGGAUCCCCAGUUAGCUGACACGGGAAAAUGGGCUCUUGAAUUGAGCAACUCUGGUGGAGCAGCGCUCGCUCCGUUUGAAUUGUUCGUGAAGGACAAGCCAAAACCUCCGAAAGGACCGCUAGAGACCAAAAAUGUCACCGCCGAAGGAGUUGAUUUGAAAUGGGGUCAACCUGAUGCAGACGAAGCGACACCAGUGAGGGCCUACAUCGUUGAAGUACAGGAGGGAAAAGGCGGUGAUUGGAAAAAAAUCGGCGAAACCAAAACGACCGAAUUUAAGGUGAAAGAUCUGAAAGAGAACAACGAGUACAGGUUUCGCGUGAAAGCGGUGAACGACGUUGGAGAGUCGGAGCCGCUUACCGGAGAAACUGUGACUGCCAAGAAUCCAUACAAAGCACCUGGAAAACCUCGAAAUAUGGAUGUAGCUGAGAUGGAUCACGACUUUUUGACUCUUCAAUGGGAACCGCCAGAAAAUGAUGGCGGGUCGCCGAUCACUGGGUUUAUUGUGGAGAGACGUGAGAAAUCCGAAAAGACAUGGAAUGUGGUCGGAACGAUGCCAGCCGACGGCGACGGAGUGCACCGCAUAACCGACGACAAGGUGAUUGAAGGUCGAGAGUAUUACUACCGCGUGAAAGCUGUGAAUAAAGCUGGACCUGGAGAUCCGUGCGAUCAUGGUAAAAGCGUGAAAAUCAUGUCGAAGCCAGUUGCUCCGGAGUUUCCCGGAGGUGGGAUCCAAGAUCUUCGUUUGAAAGUCGGCGAAACAAUCAAGUACGAUGUGGCGAUUAGUGGUGCGCCUGUACCCGAAGUAUCGUGGAUGGUUGAUGGAAAACCACUGAAACCCAAAGGGCGAGUGAAAAUGAGUACAGAACGAGGGAAGACCGUACUGAAGAUCGAGAAUGCUGAACGAGGAGAUUCUGGAAAAUUCACUAUUACGCUGAAGAAUUCGGUUGGAACGGCCGACAGCACCGCUAAAGUAACCGUAGUUGGCAGACCGACUCCACCGAAAGGACCGCUGAAAGUCUCUGACGUUCACAAAGAUGGGGCUACGCUCACAUGGAAUCCGCCAGAGGACGAUGGAGGCGACCCACUGACCGCAUACAUUAUUGAAGCACAAGACAUGGAUAACAAGGGAAAGUAUAUAGAGGUUGGUCGUGUCGAUGGCAACACUACAGAAAUGAAAGUUAAAGGACUUCGAAAUAAAGGAAACUACAAGUUCCGUGUGAAAGCAGUGAACAAAGAAGGCGAAUCGGAGCCACUUACUGGAGAUCAAUACACGUUAAUCAAGGAUCCGUGGGACGAACCAGGAAAACCCGGAAGGCCCAAUAUCACGGACUACGAUGCUGAUAGGAUUGAUAUUUCGUGGGAACCUCCAGCAAAAGAUGGUGGUGCUCCUAUUGAGGGCUAUAUUGUUGAGGUUCGAGAUCCGGAAACUAGGGAAUGGAAGGAAAUAGCCAAAGUGGCAGACACGAAAGCGUCCAUCGACGGUCUCAAAGAGGGAAAAGAGUACCAGUUCAGAGUUAAGGCCUUCAAUAAGGCCGGUGUUGGACAACCGUCGGAUGCUUCAGAAAAGCAGGUCGCGAAGCCAAAAUUCAUUCCGGCUUGGCUGAAGCACGACUGCUUGAAGAGCAUCACGGUCAAAACUGGGCAGACGGUUCGCUGGGAUGUGAAGAUCGGCGGUGAGCCGGUUCCUGAGGUAGCGUGGAUGAAGGACGAUAACCCUAUCGAGCAGUCGCUCAAUCUCAGCAUCGACACCAAGAAGAACGAACACACCAUCCUUUGCAUUCCAUCAGCGGUGCGAGCUGAUCGUGGAGAAUACAGACUUUCCGUUAAAAACUCGCACGGGCACGAUACCGAAGCUGCGAACCUGACCGUGUUGGAUAGGCCUACGAGGCCGAACGGUCCUCUAGAGGUGUCAGACGUGUUCGAAGACAACUGCAACCUUUCAUGGAAACCACCCGAUGACGACGGUGGUGAGCCGAUCGAGUACUACGAAGUCGAGAAGUUAGACACAAGUACUGGGCGCUGGGUGCCAUGCGCAAAGGUAAAAGACACCAAUGCUCGUAUCGAUGGCUUGAAGAAAGGACAGACUUAUCAGUUCCGGGUGAAAGCUGUCAAUAAGGAAGGACAAUCGGAUCCUCUAAACACCGAGAAGGAGACCGUAGCGAAGAAUCCAUACGAUGAACCUGGCAAACCGCACACACCCGAGGUGACGGACUGGGACGCAGAUAGGGUUUCACUCGAAUGGCAACCGCCAGAUUCCGACGGAGGAGCCCCAAUCACCCAAUAUAUAAUCGAAAAGAAAGGAAAGCAUGGUCGUGAGUGGCAAGAAUGCGGCAAAGUAAGUCGUAACUGGCAAAUAAAAAGGCGAGGAAUAUCAAUUCAGAGUGAAGGCUUAAAACCAUGGAUCGACCGCGAAAAAAUGAAAACAAUAACAAUCAAGGUCGGACACGACGUCGAAUUCGACGUGCCAGUUCGAGGUGAACCCCCGCCGGAGAAGAUAUGGACAUUCAAUGAGAAUCCAAUCAACGACGCCAAGAUUAAGAUCACUGAUGAGGACUAUAAUACAAAAUUCGUACUGAAGUCUGCAACUCGUGCGCAUGCUGGCAAGUACACUCUGACUGCCAAGAACAGUAAUGGAACCGACACACAUAGUGUAGAAGUGAUUGUUUUGGGCAAACCUAGCGCGCCAGAGGGACCACUCGAGGUCAACAAUGUGUUCGAGGAUAAGUGCGAUCUCGAAUGGAAGCCACCAAAGGACGACGGAGGAGUGCCUAUCGACCAUUACGAGGUCGAGAAAUUGGACAUGGCUACUGGCCGAUGGGUUCCUUGUGGUCAAGCCCAGGGAACAAAAAUGACUGUUAACAACCUCCAACCGGGUCAUCAAUACCAGUUUCGCGUACGUGCGGUAAACAAAGAAGGUGAAUCCGAUCCGUUGACUACCGAUGGACCGAUGCUUGCAAAAAAUCCCUACGAAGUUCCCGGGAAGAUGGCGAAACCGGAGAUCACGGAUUGGGAUAAGGAUCAUGUAGACUUAGAGUGGAAAGUACCUACUGAUGAUGGCGGUGCUCCUAUUGAGGAAUAUGUCAUCGAACAGAAAGACGAACACGGAAGAUGGGAAGAGGUGAUGGUAGUUCCUGCUGGACAGACAACCGCUACCGUUGGUGGCCUGAAAGAAGGUGAACGAUACCAGUUCCGUAUAGCUGCUAAGAACAAGGCAGGACUAGGCGAGCUAUCCGACCCUAGCGACAAAGUGACGGCGAAAGCUCGAUUUUUGGCCCCUCACAUUCACCGCGAAGACUUGGAAGAUACAACGGUUCGCGUUGGGCAACAAAUUAAAUUCAGUGUUCACAUCGAUGGUGAACCACCUCCAGAAGUGCAGUGGACGUUCAACGAUAAGAGAAUCGACGAGAGCACGGUUCAAAUAGCGAAUGAGGAUUACCUUUCACGAUUCAACAUCAACAAAGCAGUGCGGAAGCACUGUGGCAAGUAUACGAUCACGGCCAUGAAUUCGAGUGGAACGGAUUCGGUGACGAUCACCAUCAACGUGAAGAGCAAGCCAUCGAAGCCGAAAGGCCCGCUCGAAGUCAGCGAUGUGUUUGAAGACCGUGCGACGCUAAACUGGAAACCUCCUGAAGAUGAUGGAGGCGAGCCGAUCGACCAUUAUGAGAUCGAGAAGAUGAGCACUAAGGACGGAAUAUGGGUGCCGUGUGGGCGUUCCAACGACACGAACUUCAUGGUGGAUGCGCUCAGUAAGGGCGACCAUUACAAAUUCCGCGUCAAGGCGGUUAACAGCGAAGGUGCCUCGGACCCACUUGAAAGUGAUACCGAUGUAUUAGCGAAGAAUCCAUUCGAUCGUCCUGACAGGCCUGGAAGACCCGAACCGACUGACUGGGACAGUGACCAUGUCGAUCUUAAAUGGGAGCCUCCAGCGAAGGAUGGCGGGGCUCCAAUUGAGGAAUACCAGGUCGAAAAACGAACUAAAUACGGACGAUGGGAACCAGCAGUUACAGUCCCUGGAGGGACCACCACUGCCACUGUACCCAAUCUGACCCCUAACGAAGAGUACGAGUUUCGCGUAGUGGCCGUGAACAAAGGAGGUGCUUCCGACCCUAGUGACGCCAGCAAGCCAGUCAUCGCCAAACCACGAAAUUUGCCGCCACGAAUCGACCGCAGUGCACUGAAGGAUCUCAAGGUGAAAGCAGGUCAGGCAAUCGGAUGGGAUGUUCCGGUGGAAGGUGAGCCGGUGCCGACGGUCACUUGGCUAUGGCCGGACCAGCGGGAGAUUCGCAAUGGAGGCCGGGUGAAGUGUGAUAACCCCGACUACCACUCCAAACUGCACAUCCGCCAGAUGGAACGCGGCGAAAGUGGUGUCUACACUAUCCGGGCCGUGAAUUCCAACGGCGAGGACGAGGCCACGGUGAACGUCACCGUUAUCGACAGACCAUCUGCUCCUAUCGGACCUCUGGACGUGAGUGAUGUUCAUGCCGAUCACUGCACGUUGGAGUGGAAGCCGCCGGAGGAUGAUGGUGGAAUUCCGAUCGAAAAUUACGUGAUCGAGAAACUCGACACGGCCACCGGCCGGUGGGUCCCAGCAGCCAAGGUGCCCGGCGGCCAGACGACAGCCGUCGUCGACGGUCUCAUCGCUGGACAUGAGUACAAGUUUCGUGUAGCUGCGGUGAACGCAGAAGGCGAAUCAGAACCACUGGAAACGUUUGGAGCGACACUGGCGAAAGAUCCCUUCGACAAGCCUGGAAAGACGGCUGCUCCAGAAGUAACGGAUUAUGACGUUGAUCAUGCCGACCUCUCUUGGCACCCACCUGUCAACGACGGCGGUGCACCAAUAGAUGGCUAUGUGAUCGAAGUAAAGGAAAAGUACUCACCAGUUUGGACAGAAGCCUUGCAAGUUCCUGCUGACCAAACAACCGCUACCGUGGGAAAUCUUAAGAAGGACAACGAGUACGAAUUCCGUAUUCGCGCCAAGAACAAGGCUGGUACGGGCGAUCCAUCGGAUCCCUCGGAGAGAAUCACCGCGAAGGCCAGAAAUGUUCCACCUGUCAUCGACCGCAGUGCCCUGAUGGAGAUCAAGGUGCGAGCAGGACAGGAAAUCCACCUGAACGUGCCGGUUUCUGGUGAACCACCACCGGAGAUCACUUGGACGCUCGACGGCAGUCCAGUGGAGUCCGACGACCGUGUUCGCGUUCAGUCUGAAGAUUACAAGACGAAGUUCCUUGUGAAGAGAGCACUUCGUUCCGAUACCGGCACCUAUGUGAUCACCGCUAAGAAUGUGAAUGGCACGGACACGGCCGAAGUGAAGGUGAUCGUUCUGGACCAUCCAGAUGCACCACGUGGUCCCUUGGACGUGAGCAACGUGACCAAAGAUGGCUGCGAUCUGUCAUGGAAAGAACCAGAUGACGACGGAGGUGCUUCCGUCGAUCACUACGUGAUCGAGAAGCAGGACGCGAACACGGGCCGAUGGACAACAUGUGGUGAGAGCAAUGACACGAAGUUCCAUGUGGAUGACCUGAUCCAGGGCCACGAAUACAAGUUCCGCGUAAAAGCGGUUAACCGCUACGGCGAAUCAAAUCCGCUCGAAGCCAACAAGUCGGUUGUUGCGAAGGACCCGUUCGACUGCGCCGAUGCACCGGGAGUUCCUGAGAUAGUAGACUGGGACAAAGAUCACGCCGACCUGAAAUGGACGCCACCUUUGGAUGACGGAGGCGCGCCCAUUGACCAGUACCUCAUCGAAAUGAAGGCCGGAAAUGGAGAUUGGGUUCCCGCGAAGAAAGUGCCAGCUGAUCAGCUCACGGCUACAGUAGACGAUCUGAAACCUGGUCAAACUUAUCAGUUCCGUGUGAAAGCGCUUAAUAAAGCAGGGGAAUCGCGGCCAUCUGACCCAAGUAAAGCGAUGGUCGCGAAACCGAGAAAUUUGCCACCAAAUAUUCAUAGAGACAUGUUCAACGAUAUUCGUAUCAAGGCCGGUCAAUCUAUCAGCUUCGAUGUGAAUGUAGACGGUGAGCCGACCCCGAAGAUAGAAUGGUUCCUGGACGGGACACCUAUUCAAUCUCUGGGAAAGACGAAAAUCGAUAAUUCUAAUGACAACAACACUAAACUAGACACCAAGGAUGCUUCUCGCGCCGACAGUGGAAAAUACAAAAUCGUGGCCACCAAUGAAAAUGGUAGAGAUGAAGCGGAGGUCAACGUAAACGUGCUCGAUAUCCCUGGAGCUCCCGAAGGACCUCUUACUGUCAAAGAUAUCACCAAAGAUGGCUGCUCUCUAAGAUGGAAUCCGCCAGAAGAUGAUGGUGGCUCUCCAAUCACCAAUUACAUCGUGGAGAAACAAGAAGACGGUGGUCGAUGGAUACCAUGUGGUGAAACAGCUGACACGAGUCUGAAAGUCGGCAAACUGAACGAGGGUCACGAGUACAAAUUCCGAGUGAAGGCAGUGAAUCGACAAGGCGUGUCAGCACCUCUGCAGACCGACCACCCCAUAGUGGCUAAGAAUCCUUUCGACGAGCCGGGCCCACCCACUGAUGUCACACCUGUGGACUGGGACAAAGACCACGUAGAUCUGGAGUGGAAGGCUCCUGAAAAUACUGGUGGUGCUCCAAUAGAGCAGUAUAUCGUGGAGAAGAAGGACAAGUACGGAGACUGGGUGCCGUGCGCGGUGGUCGACGGUAAGACCACUAAGGCGACUGCAGGCGAUUUAGUGGCCGGUGAAACGUACCAGUUCCGAGUGAAAGCCGUCAACAAGGCUGGACCUGGUAAACCUUCAGAUCCGACGGACAAUAUUGUCGCAAAAGCGAGAAAAAUGGCUCCUAAAAUCAAUGUUGCUGGUCUUCUGGAUCUACGAAUCAAAGCUGGCACACCGUUGAAGCUAGAGGUUUCUUUUGAAGGGGAGCCAUCUCCGACCGCAGAUUGGAAGGCAAAUGAUGUUUCAAUGAAUUCAAACAACAGAGCCGAAGUGACAACCACACCUACUACGUCUGAACUGCUUAUCGCUUCUAGUGUGAGGAGCGAUACUGGCUUAUACACGGUCACGGUAGAAAAUGAACAUGGCAAGGACAAGGCUCAGUGUACAGUCACAGUGUUAGAUGUGCCUGGAGUUCCAGAAGGUCCACUCAAAGUCAAAGAAAUCCACAAAGAAGGAUGUACACUCAAUUGGAAACCACCGCUGGAUAAUGGAGGGACAGAGAUUUUGCACUAUCGAGUGGAAAAGAUGGAUACAUCCAGGGGAACAUGGCAAGAGGUUGGUCAAUUUCCGGAAUGCACCGCUAAAGUGAACAAACUGAUCAACGGGAAGGAGUAUCAGUUCCGAGUAAUGGCCGUCAAUUUGCAAGGAGAAUCAAAGCCUCUCGAAACCACGGAGCCAAUAAUCGCCAAAAACGAAUUCGACGUACCGGACGCUGUAGAAAAACCUGUUGUCGUUGACUGGGACAAGGAUCGCAUCGACAUCCAAUGGAAACCACCAGCGAACAACGGUGGAAGUCCAGUGAAAACGUACAUCGUAGAGAAGAAGGAAAAGGGCAGCGCGUUCUGGAGCGAAGCCGGGAAGACGUCCGGCACGACGUUUUCGGCAAAUCAGCUGAAGCCGGGAGUCGAAUACGAGUUCCGUGUGAUCGCCGUCAACGAAGCUGGUCCAUCUGAGCCAUCAGAGCCGACCGAUCCUCAGAUGGCAAAGGCGAGAUAUCUGAAACCUAGAAUCUUGACCCAGAAUCGCAAGAUAAAGAUCAAGGCCGGAUACACUCAUACCAUGGAGGUGGAGUUUGAUGGAUCACCAGAUCCGACUGUUAAUUGGUCCUUUAAAGAAGGCCAAGCACUUCCGUCUGAGUUGUUAGUAGAGUAUUCCAAACCUGGCUCUACUUCAAUUUUCUUCCCUAGUGCUAAGAGAGCCGACAGUGGCCCAUUCACGCUUAAGAUCAAAAACGAAAUUGGAGAAGAUGAAGGCGUAUUCGAAGUGAUCGUGCAAGAUCGACCUGGAGCUCCUGAAGGACCAUUAGAAGUAUCAGAUGUGACGAAAGACAGCUGCGUUAUUAGCUGGAAUCCACCGGCGGAUGACGGUGGAUCAGAAAUCACUAACUACGUAGUGGAGAAGCGCGAUACGAAGACAAACACUUGGGUUCCAGUGUCAACAUUCGCUACUGGCACCACAAUGACCGUGCCCAAACUUAUUGAAGGCCACGAAUAUGAGCUGAGGGUGAUGGCUGAGAACGCAUUUGGUCGCUCAGAUCCCCUGUGUACAUCUAAUCCGGUGCUUGCUAAGGAUCCUUUCGGUGUUCCAGGAAAGCCUGAAAAGCCACAAAUCGUCGACACGGACAACGACCACAUCGACAUCAAAUGGGAGCCACCACGCGACAACGGCGGUUCCCCCAUCCAGCACUACGAUGUGGAAAGGAAGGACCUUAAGACUGGUCGGUGGAUCAAGGUAAACACUGCUCCUGUUCACGGCACUACUUUCUCAGAUAUACGAGUACAAAAGGACCACAUGUAUGAGUACCGGAUAGUGGCAGUGAAUAAGAGCGGACCAGGAGCACCUUCAGAUCCGUCAGACGUGGCCACCGCGAAGCCCAUGUUUGAAGCUCCUGGUUUCGAUUUAGACAUUGACGGAAAGGAGUUCCGAGUGAAAGUUGGAGAGCCACUCGAUAUCACAAUUCCAAUGCACGGUUCUCCACAACCGGAAGUGAAAUGGACCAAAGAAGGUAUUGACUUGCCUGGUGUCGAGACUACGGAUUCGCAAACACGAUUGUUCAUCAAGUCUUCACGAAAAAGUGAUAACGGCUCACUCAAGAUCAAAGCCAGCAACGAGUGUGGAAUAGCUGAGGCGAAUAUUAAAAUCACUGUUAUCGAUAGGCCAGGAGCACCGGAGAAUCUUAGCUACGACGACAUAACCAAACAUUCCUGCGUCUUGAAAUGGGAACCUCCAAAAGAUGAUGGUGGCUCAGAGGUUAUCGGUUACAAAAUAGAAUACCAAGAAAUAGACUCGUUGCUAUGGGAAAAGAUCCCUGGAACAAUUUCGGGAACUUAUUACACUGUUCGAGGACUCCACAAUGGCCGACACUAUCGAUUUCGUAUCAGAGCAGAGAAUGCAGUUGGCCUUUCGGACUAUGCAACCGGAUCAACAGUACUAAUUAAGGAUCCGUUCGAUCCGCCAGGACCUCCUUCCACUCCUGAAAUAACCGAUUAUGAUUCAAAUCGAGUCUCAUUGAUGUGGAAUCCGCCAAAGUACGAUGGUGGUUCACCGAUUCUCGGCUAUGUCGUUGAGAAAUUUGAGAAAAAAGGAGGAGGUGAUUGGACACCAAUAAAAAUGCCUCUUAUUAAAGGGACCGAAGCAACUAUUUCGAAUCUUCACCAUGGCGAGACGUAUCAAUUCCGAGUAAGAGCCGUUAAUGCUGCUGGUGAAGGAGAAGCCAGCAACGGUUCUGAGCCAAUCACCUCGCCUCCUGGUGCGCCUGAUCAGCCAAGAAUUGGAAGCGUUACGAAAAAUUCAGCUGAAGUCAUCUGGAGUCGGCCGAUAAGAGAUGGAGGGGCUCCGAUUGAUGGCUACUUCGUUGAGAAGAAGAAGAUUGGUGAUCCGGAAUGGAGCAGAGUAAAUGGAACACCGAUAAAGGCAACAGCUCUAGUGGUGGCUGGCCUUGGUGAGAAAGAGGAGUAUGAGUUCCGAGUAAUUGCCGUCAAUUCUGCUGGAGAGGGAGAACCGUCGAAGCCAUCAGAGCUCGUGGUGAUCCAAGAACAACCAGGAAGACCUGUUUUUGACCUCUCUAAUCUCAAGGAUAUUACGGUUAGAGCCGGUGAGACAAUUCAGAUCAAGAUUCCCUACACUGGUGGAAAUCCGAAGCCAAUGGUUGAUCUGUUCAACAGUACUACACCGUUAUUCGAGAACGACCGCACGGUAAUUGAUGUGAAUCCAGAUUCGAUUAUGAUAACAACAACAGAUUCAAAGCGAAGUGAUGCUGGUCCAUAUAAAAUCGUGAUCUCCAACAGAUUUGGCAAGGACACCGCUAAGCUGAAUGUGAAUGUAUUGGACGUUCCUGGAAAGCCGACCGGACCAAUACGCGCUACGGAUAUUCAGAGUGACGCCAUGACCUUGCACUGGCUACCACCAAAGGACAACGGUGGCGAUGAUGUAACCAAUUAUGUUGUCGAAAAGAGAACACCUGGAGGUGAAUGGGUUACCGUCGGUCACCCUGUGAGCACUUCACUUCGUGUCAGAAACCUGGACAAAAACCAGCCAUACGAGUUCCGCGUAUCUGCCGAGAAUCAGUAUGGUGUGGGACAACCACUCGAGACCGAAGAUGUCAUCGUCGCCAAAGACCCUUACAAUACACCUAGCGCACCUGGUCAACCAGAGGCUAUUGAGACCUCCGAGGAAGCUAUAGUGCUUCAAUGGACGCGACCACUCAGCGACGGUGGAGCCCCUAUCCAGGGCUACGUGAUUGAAAAGCGUGAGGUCGGCACCAAGGAAUGGACUAAAGCAGCAUUUGGACUAAUCCCAGAGACUAAACACAGAGUAACGGGCCUCACUCCGAAGAAAGCUUACGAGUUCCGUGUCUGCGCAACAAAUGCAGCCGGUAACGGAGACUGGAGCGACGCGAGCUUCCCUAUCACAGCCGAGCGUGCACCAUCGAGGCCUAUCAUCAACAUGGGAAUGCUUACUCGAGAUGUUCUAGCCUACGCCGGUGAGACAGCCAAGAUAUUGGUGCCGUACAGUGCAUCGCCGAUGCCGGAGAUCACCUGGUUCAAAGGAGAGCUCAAACUGGACGAGCGCGAUCAUCGAAACAAGAGAGAAAGCAGCGACUACCUUGCUACGAUGACCAUUAACAAGUGUGAAAUCGCUGACAGUGGACUCUUCACCAUUACAUUGGAAAACUCAAUGGGGAAAGACAGUGCCACUGUGAAACUUCGUGUGGUCGACCGCCCUGAACCACCGACGGGACCUCUGGAGAUAACAGAUAUUGCUCCUGAUUGCUGCAAGCUUUCAUGGAAACCACCAAAGUGCGAUGGCGGAUCCCCUAUUACCAAUUACAUAGUGGAGAAGUUAUGCAUGAAAGGUCCCGAUCCAAAAUGGGAGAAAGUUUCGUCAUUUGUGAGGAACUUCACCUAUACUGUACCAAGUCUUGACUCCGGGCAACAGUAUAAGUUCCGUGUUCGUGCUGAGAAUCAAUUCGGUAUAUCUGAGCCUCUCGAAAAUCCUGACCUGAUAAUAGCUAAAUAUCAGUUCAGCGUACCAUCACAGCCAGAUGCCCCAACUGUCCACGAUGUGGACGCGACAUCUGCUCGAAUCGAAUGGGAGCCACCGGCGAAUGGCGGGUCAAAGAUCAUCGGCUAUCAAGCACAGUACCGAGAAGCAUCUUCCUCCAAAUGGAUUAACGCGAGCGCUGACCUCGUCAGCGACACCUCACUGCAGGUCAACAACCUCCGAAACGGUGGUGAAUAUGAGUUCCGCGUCUCAGCUAAGAAUGCUGCUGGAUUUUCCAAGCCGUCAUUACCAUCGGAAAGAGUUAAACUCCGACCAAAGUUCGGACCACCAGGACCUCCCGGUCAAGCCAAUGCGGUUUCAAUUGGACGAAACCAUGUGACACUAACCUGGGUUCCACCACUUGACGAUGGCGGCUCACCGAUUACUGGUUAUAUUGUCGAACAACGAGAGUAUGGUAACACACUAUGGACGAAGGUUAGUGACUACAAUAUUCGCGACCCCGAAUUUACCGUACCUGGUCUGAAGGAGUUUCAUGACUAUGAGUUCCGCAUUAUUGCUACAAAUGUGUCUGGAAAAGGACCGCCAUCGUUACCAACCUCUCCAAUUAAAAUUCAAGAUUUGAAUGGUUCACGACCGACCAUUGUCGUGAAACCGGAAGACACUGCCCAGCCGUACAACAGAAGAGCAGUAUUCGUUUGUGAAGCUGUUGGAAGACCUGAGCCGGUCUGCCGAUGGAUGAGAAAUGGUCGCGAACUUCCAGAAAGCAGUCGAUACAGGUUCGAAGCGUAUGACGGAACGUUUAAAUUCACUAUCAAAGAAGUUUGGGAUAUCGACGCUGGCGAAUACACCUGCGAAGUGUCGAACGUUUACGGCAGCGAUUCAGCCACGGCUAAACUAACAGUACAAGCUCCUCCAGUAAUCGAGAAAGAUGUGCCGAACACAAUUCUACCCAUGGGUGAAAUGGUACGCCUGAAAAUCUACUUCUCCGGGACGCCACCGUUUACACACUGCUUGACGCUGAACAAGGAGGAGAUCAACGAAGACCAUCCCACAAUUCGAACUGUGGACUUUGACGAUCACAUACUAAUUACCAUAUCAUCGUUAUCACCUCGUGAAGCUGGUCGUUUUGAGUACACAAUAAGAAACGACAGCGGAGAGGCGUCCACCGGAUUCUGGCUGAACGUCACUGGUUUGCCGUCUGCACCACAAGGACCACUGCACUUUAGCAAUAUCGGCCCUAAUCAGGUGGCUCUAGCAUGGCGGCCACCGGUGGACGAUGGUGGUUCAAAAAUCACCCACUACGUCAUUGAGAAGAAGGAUGCUGUUAAAGACGACUGGGUCGUUGUAGCCUCGAAUGUGCAUGAUCUGUCUUUCGAUGUACAGGGAUUGUUCGAGAAUCACGAAUACGAGUUCCGCGUAAGCGCUGCAAAUGAGAAUGGUCAAGGAGCGCCUUUAGUUGGAGAAAACCCUAUAAUCACACGACUUCCAUUCGAUCCACCUGGUCCUCCAACUGAUCUCGAAAUAACCGAAAAUGGAGAUGAUUUCCUCACAUUGAGUUGGCAUCGACCGAUGUCAGAUGGUGGAGGCCGUCUACGAGGAUACUAUAUCGAGAAAUGCGAAGAUGAUGAAGACACAUGGGUGCGUUGCAAUCAGAAUCCAUCGCCGCAGAACACAUUCACCAUCCCGCACCUCAUCGAUGGACGAAGGUACAAGUUCCGUGUUAUCUCCACUAAUGACGCUGGUUUGUCGCCACCUGCAGAAAUGGAGAAGAUGGAGUUCCGCUCCACCAGUAACGGUACUCCGCCUGAGAUCAUCACACCACUUAGAGACCAAACAAGCGAAUUGGGACGUAGUGCAACAUUCGAAUGUGAAAUCACAGGCACGCCAAGACCAGAAUACAGUUGGUUUAAAGGUGUAAAGGAACUCGCCGAUACCUCUCGGUUCACCAUAUUUAGUAAGGGUGACGUGCAAGUGUUGAUGGUAAAUCAUGUCAACCCUGACGAUGCCGAUGAGUAUACCUGUCGAGCCGUGAAUAAAUUCGGUUCAAAAAGCACUCGUGCGCAACUGCAGAUAAUGUCGAAACCAAAAGUCUUCUUGCCUCCUCGCUAUCAUGGUGGACUGGAGGUGGAAAAAAACGAGAAGAUACAGCUGAAGAUACCAUACAAAGCGUUCCCUCAGGCUCAGUCUCGAUGGAUGAAAGGCGAUGAAAAAAUUGAAAACGGUGGACGAUACAACAUUACUACUGAUGAUAAGUUCGCAACCUUGGAGAUUGCUGACGCUACCAGAGAUGACUAUGGUCAAUACCGAGUAAUCGUGGAGAAUUCUGUGGGGCAAGACUCAGCAACGGUAGCCGUCACUGUGGCCGAUUGUCCAGAAUCGCCUCGUUUUCCUAUUGUGGAGAACGUUCUCGAUGAAGCAGUUAUUCUUUCAUGGAAGCCACCGAAUCUCGAUGGUGGAUCCUUGGUCACCCAAUACAUUGUGGAAAAAAGAGACGUGAACGGUGGAACAUGGGAACCUUGUGCGAGUACUCGUUUCACAUAUCUCACUGUUGAAGGUUGUCGUCCAAAAACCAAUUAUGAGUUCCGAAUCAUUGCAAAAAAUAAACAUGGAGCUUCACAGCCUUGUGAGCCCACUGCUCCCGUACUUAUCCCUGGAAGUGAACGAACUCGGCGAAAAGGCUAUGAUGUUGACGAUACCGGUAAGAUUAUCCAUGGUAAAGGUCCGGCUCUGUCCAACUACGAUGCCUUUGUGAUCGACGUCUGGAAGCAGUACUAUCCGCAACCGGUGGAAAUCAAGCACAAUUCAGUGCUUGACAACUAUGAUAUACACGAAGAAAUUGGAACCGGCGCUUUCGGUGUUGUACAUCGUUGCACAGAACUGGCAACCGGGAACACGUUCGCAGCGAAAUUCGUGAACACGCCGCAUGAGGCGGACAAGGAGACCGUGCGCAAGGAGAUCAGCACCAUGUCCACGCUGCGCCACCCGACGCUCAUCAACCUGCACGACGCGUAUGAAGACGAUAAAGAGAUGGUCAUGAUCUACGAAUUCAUGUCUGGAGGUGAACUACUCGAAAAAAUUGCUGAUGACUCGAAUCGAAUGACCGAAGCUGAAGCGAUUGAUUAUAUCCGACAAGUGUGCAAAGCACUUUGUCAUAUGCACGAGAUGAAUUACGUACAUCUUGACCUGAAGCCGGAGAAUAUCAUGUUCACGACCAAGAAGAGCAAUCAGUUGAAGUUGAUUGACUUUGGCCUCACCUCUUACCUCAAUCCAAAGGAAAGUGUCAAGGUGACGACGGGCACCGCUGAAUUUGCAGCACCCGAAGUAGCGAAGGGUGAACCAGUUGGCUACUACACGGACAUGUGGAGCGUUGGAGUGCUGGCGUAUAUCCUACUCUCAGGACUCUCUCCAUUCGGCGGCGAGAAUGACGACGAGACGUUGAGGAACGUGAAAAAUUGCGACUGGAACAUGGAUGACCCCAUGUUCAGUAAAGUUUCUGACAAUGCCAAAGACUUCAUUCUCAACGUGAUGCUGACUGAAACAAGAAUUACCAUUCAUGAAGCCCUUGCUCAUCCAUGGCUGUCCGGUGGGGAAGUUAGUGACGGUGACGUAAUCCCGAGCAGCCGAUACCAUUCGAUGCGCGACUCGAUCAGGCAAAAAUAUGAUGCAUGGCCAGAGCCGUUUCCAGCGCUGGGUCGCAUUUCGAAUUUCAGCUCUCUACGAAAGCACCGUCCAGCCGAAUACCAUAUGCACGAUUCGUUCUUCGAGCGUUCGGAAGCGCAGCCACGGUUCAUCAUUAAACCCUACAGCACUUCGGUUACCGAGGGUCAGAACGCCGAAUUCUAUUGUAAAGUAAUUGCCUCAUCUCCUCCAAUUGUUACUUGGCAUCAUGACAUGGAAGAACUAAAGCAGAGUGUAAAGUACAUGAAGAAGUAUAAUGGGAAUGACUAUGUGUUGACUAUUAACAGAGUGAAGAUGGAUGAUAAAGGAGAGUACACCGUGAGAGCGAAAAAUUCAUACGGAUCUAAAGAAGAAGUCGUUUUUCUCAACGUUACAAAGAAGAGAGAAGAGUUCACUUCCGGGCCACUCGAACCGAUGCGAAAGGCACCCAGUCCUCUUAUCGUUGAAGAGUUCAAGGAGAAAGAAACUAUGCCGAGCUUCACCUUCCACCUACGACCACGUCACAUCCAGAAAAACCAUCAAUGCAAAUUGAUAUGCACUUUGCAAGGAAACCCUACACCAAAAGUCGAAUGGUUCAAGGAUGGAGUGCCAGUCGAUCAGGAUCGUGUACAAACCACAUUCCGAAGUGGAGUGUGUACUUUGGAGAUUUUCAACACACGGCUAGAUGACGCCGGCACGUACAGCUGUACUGCUACUAAUCCACUGGGAGAAGUCACUACCGAGUGUACGCUCACCGUACAGAACAAAGGCGGCGAGCCUAUGCCUCGUAUCACGUCGCAUCGUCCACGGAGGGCGUAUGACUCGCUGAAGGUGAGCAACGUUGAGAGAUCGCGAUCGUAUGCGGAUAUACGGUCGGACUCAUUCUCACCUAAAGACUCCAUCAAAAGCUCGGAUAAACGGUCAACAGUUGAUGAUCUUAAGCUGCAAGUACCAACGGAGCCACCAAACUUCACAGCAAAACUGAAAGACGUCGUAGUCGAUCAAGGGGAGCCAAUUGAAUUGUCAUGUGAAGUCGAUGCGUCCUCGUCUCCGCUCGUGGAAUGGUUGCACAAUGGCGAACGAGUGACGAAUUCACGUUUGACCACUUCGUAUUCUGGUGGAAAAGCGACGUUAAGAAUCUCGGAAUCCGAUGCCGGGGACUCUGGUGAGUACGUCUGCCGAGCCAGCAACUCGGCAGGACAGGAAUCCUGUCGAGCCAAUGUCACUGUGCGGAUGGCCGUCAUAGAGAGUAAUGGGAAAGCAGAGAACGGAGAAGUGAAGGAAGCACCGAGAAUAAUUCAACAUCUCACUGGUCAAAUCGUCGACGCUGAAUCCACCGCUGUGUUUGAAGCUUGCGUCUCAGGUGAACCUGAACAGAUCAUAUGGACGAAGAAUGGAAUCGAGAGCAAUGAUCGAACUGAAAUCACAAGCGAUGGUAAACGACUUCGACUAUCGAUUAGCGGUGCUUUACCGGCCGACGCUGGACAGUACCAGUUGAAAGUCCGUUUCGACGACGCUGAACUUAUCUCAGUGGCUUCACUUAUAGUAUCUGGAAAUCCCAAUGAACCUCCUGUCUGUAAAUUACCAUCAUCCAUGAGUGUUCAGUCCGGCUCAGCGGCAAAUUUAAUCCUUGAAUUGACGAACCCCAAAAGUUACACCGUGCAGUGGUUCAAAGGAAGUGAAAAAGUGGAGAAAUCGGAGCGGAUAAAGUCUGUCAAGUCCGGAGGUGUAUUUAAGCUUGACUUCAAGCAAGUGGAACCAGCCGACGAAAGCGUGUAUGUGGCGAAAGUGAUCAAGGACAAGAAAGCAAUCGCUAAAUAUGCCGCUGUUCUUCUUGUAGAGUUUUGA